UCUUCGCAGUGUCAACGAGGCUAGUAGUUGAACUGAAGAGGACAAUAGUGGAGGGCAUUACUUGUAAUGCCAAAUCAAUAAACUCUUGUCGUCAAACGUUUGUCAUCACCUAAUCAGAAAUGUUUUCUCUUUCAACUUCGCUACAGCCGCAGGUAACAGUCCAGCUGAGUCAUCUGAUCAAUGCCCUGCACUUUCUGAAGGGUUCAGUAAGCAGCAAUACUUCAGCUAGUCACAAACACAGAGAGAACACACCUGAACCAGAUCAAAACAGCACAGAGCCAUCAUGGAGCUUGAGGGAUUUAGGUAUAACAGAUAUAGGGAUCGGUCAGUUGAAUGAUCUGGUGGAGAGGCUUCUGCCCUGUGUGACUCCCAGUGAAUCUUCUUCACCCCUGGGGACUGCACCCAAUAUCUGGAGGACUUCCCAUCUCUCAUCAGAUUCCUUUUUUCUCAACAAACAUGGGUUUUCAAGAAUGGGUGGUGGUACUCCUGUGUUCUCUAGGCAGAACAAGUCACCGCUCCAAACACUGUGCACAGACCUCAAGUAUUUGCCAUUGUUUGUCCCAAAUCGAGGCUUUAAAACUCUGAAGUCCCGAACACGUCGUCUGCAGGGAGGCUUUGACAGUCCAGUGGAGCCGGAGGGAUUCACACCAUCCUUUAUGAAGGGCUUCCUCACACGAGACAAAGGCUCAGAUGUUGAAACUUUGGACAAGCUCCUUAAAAAUAAAAAUAUACCUGAUGGUCAGCAUGAUGCUUUUAAAACUGGUUUUGCAGAAGGUUUCCUCAAAGCUCAGGCCCUAACACAGAGAACACAAGAAUCAUUGAGGAGGACACGGCUGAUUCUGUUGGUGCUCUUGGUGGUCGGGCUGUAUGGGCUCUCAAAAACACCUUUUUUAUCAGUGCGAUUCCGAACCACAUCAGGCUUGGACUCUGCAGUGGACCCUGUCCAGAUGAAGAAUGUCACUUUUGAGCAUGUGAAGGGAGUGGAGGAGGCCAAGAAUGAGUUACAGGAGGUGGUGGAGUUUCUCCGCAACCCACAGAAGUUCACUGUUUUGGGAGGAAAGCUGCCUAAAGGUAUUUUGUUGGUUGGGCCUCCGGGUACAGGAAAGACGCUGCUGGCCCGUGCUGUUGCAGGCGAGGCAGAUGUGCCGUUCUACUAUGCGUCUGGCUCCGAGUUUGAUGAGAUGUUUGUUGGGGUCGGUGCCAGUCGAAUCAGAAACCUUUUCAGAGAGGCAAAAAGUAACGCUCCUUGUGUCAUCUUCAUUGAUGAGCUGGAUAGUGUUGGAGGCAAGAGGAUUGAGUCUCCCAUGCACCCCUAUUCUAGACAGACUAUCAAUCAGCUUCUAGCUGAGAUGGAUGGGUUUAAGCCAAAUGAAGGCGUCAUCAUAAUUGGUGCAACAAACUUCCCUGAAGCUUUGGAUAAUGCUCUGAUCCGGCCAGGUCGCUUUGAUAUGCAGGUCACCGUCCCCAGACCAGACGUGAAGGGCCGUACUGAAAUUCUUAAGUGGUACCUCAAGAAAAUCAAAGUGGACUCAGCUGUGGAGGCUGAGGUCAUUGCGAGAGGAACAGUGGGCUUCUCUGGUGCUGAGCUGGAGAAUCUUGUUAAUCAAGGUGCGCUGAAGGCGGCUGUGGAUGGCAAGGACAUGGUGACCAUGAAGGAGCUGGAGUUUGCCAAGGACAAAAUACUGAUGGGUCCAGAGCGCAGGAGUGCAGUGAUCGAUAAGAGGAAUAAAGAGAUCACAGCAUACCACGAGUCAGGACAUGCAAUUAUUGCAUACUACACCAAAGACGCCAUGCCUAUAAAUAAAGCCACUAUUAUGCCAAGAGGUCCCACUUUGGGUCAUGUGUCAAUGCUUCCAGAGAAUGACCGCUGGAGCGAGACUCGCGCUCAGCUGCUGGCUCAGAUGGAUGUCAGCAUGGGCGGCAGAGUGGCUGAGGAGCUCAUCUUUGGCAAUGAGAAUAUCACCACUGGAGCUUCGAGUGAUUUUGACAGUGCUACAAAAAUAGCCAAAAUGAUGGUGACCAGAUUUGGCAUGAGUGAAAAGUUGGGUGUCAUGACAUACGUCGACCUUACCAAACAGAGCCCAGAAACACAGGCAGCCAUUGAACAUGAAGUCAGGACACUUCUAAAGGAUUCCUAUGAGCGUGCUAAAGGGCUCUUGAAGUCUCAUGCAAAAGAGCACAAAAAUCUGGCCGAGGCUUUACUGCAGUAUGAGACUCUAGAUGCCAAAGAGAUCCAGCUGGUCUUAGAGGGAAAGACGUUAGAAAUCAGAUGAGAGUUCACUAAGACUGUCAGACAAUGCAGUGAGAAAAAUGGACCCUUUCAAGACAUGAAUGUACAUAUGCAACAAAGAGCUGGGUAGGUCUUGAUUUCCCAUUGAUUAUAAUGUGUCUUUCUGAGCCGGAUUGCGGGAAAUAAAUUGUUUUACACACUCAUAAAAGGGUGAUAAUGGGAUGUAUCUGUGUGUUUUUUUAACAUCUAUUUCGAUUUUUCACUGUACCAUUGACUGUAGAUGCUGCUUUAUGUGGCGUUUAAGUGGAACAGAAUUUGAUUUGGCAUAAAUCCAUAAACUGUAAGUGACAGUCCAGUUUACUAUAAGUCAGUAACAUAUUGCUGUUGACCUUGUCUGAGCCGGGUUGAGUUUGUUUAGUGGUGGCCUUUGGGAACUGUAAAGUUAGUGUAUUUUUCUCACUGAGGGACUAUGAAAUGUUUCAAAGCAUUUUGGUACUGGAAUAUUUAAAUUAGGUUUUGUUAAAUACAUAUAUUAUCUGCUUUUGAACAAUGCUGCUUCAGAAUUCCUUCAGUUACAAUAAAUACUCAGAUAAAUCCUGCUAUGUCAUUAGAUGAACCUUCUGUAUUCUGAAUAUGUCCCCAUGAUAAUAUUUCAAAUGGCCACAUGAACUCCUUAUGUUAUUUGCAAAUGUUACGUUAAAAUAAAUAGAAGUAUUUUUACAUCAUUUACACGCGUCAUAAAAUGUCGUUAUGGGCCAUUUCAUAAAACUAAUUAUUCCUGAUUUUGUGCUCGAAGUGUUUUCAGUCUGAAAUACUUGUUGAUUUUGGCUUUAAUGGUUUACAUAAUAGCUUUCAUUUAAACAUGCUACUUGUACACAUUUGAAAAUGCAUUUAAUCCAAACGUGCACAACUCCUCCCCGUGAUUAGUUCUGUUAUUCAUCUGAUAGGUCCAGUGGCCACAGUCAAUGGUUUUAUUCAGCUUUAUUCUAUACAUGUGUUAUUUAUUCAUGUACAGUAGCUCUACAUUUAUGAGUUUACUUUGCCUCCAUGUAUGUUUGCAUUUUACCCAAGCUUAUUUUAGUUGUGUAUAUACAAUAUAUAAUAAUGAUCAAUAAAAUGAAACAAGGACAUUGUAUGAUUGUAUAUAAGUGUAUAGAUUGAUUUUAGUCUGACUUUUCCCUGGUUUGUAAUUUUCAAUUGCUUUUUCGUUUGAUGCUCUUCCACAUUAAAUAUUGAAUGGGUUAACAUGAGCUGAACUAAAUAAAGAAAACUAUACCACAGUUGAAACGGCAUGAUUGAUAUUU